AUGUUUAAUAUCAAUUCACCACCAGAACCCUGGACGAUAUCAAAUUUAAUUCAAAUCUUAGCUCCAUAUGUCAGUGUACUACGAAAACAUUGUACUUCAUGUACAAUAUCGAUUCCUUAUGUUUCAAUUGCUGAUAUUUCAUAUUUGCUUGUACGAAGUGCAGCAGAUAAAUGGACUACAGCGAUUGAUAUAAAUGUUUAUUCAAAAAACCAACAAUUUCGUUUAUUUAAUAGUGUAAAAUACGGAAAAAACAAUCCCCUUAUUCCCUCAAUUACAUUUCCUUUUGCUUCUUCGUUACAAUAUUCAUCCAGUGAUAUUCUUGAAAAAUCAUUAAUUACAUUAAUUGAAGAUCAUCAAAUACCAAAAAUUUAUUUCAAAAAUAAAAAUUUUAUAAUUCAUUUUUCACCUUAUUCAAGUUCAACAACUACAAUUCCACAAAAUUUAUUAAAUAUUAAAUUAAUUAAUGAUCACAUAGAGCAUUCAUGUUUUCUUAAUCUAGAUACAAAUACUAAUACAAAUCAAAAUUCUUCUUCUUCAUUACAUCUAAAUAAAUCUAAUAAACUAGAUUUAUCUAUACCUGAUAUCCGAAUAUUUAUUACUUUUGUUCAGAACAUCAUUAUAUCUGAUCCAUCUCAUCAAGGCUAUAUACGUUCAUGCAUUAGAAGAACUUACAAUAACAAUUUAUUGUUUUUCAAUAUAGCAGCAAAUGAAGAAAGUGAACAACAAAAUUUAAUUGAAGAAGCUGAUGCUGAAUGUUUAAUUUGUUUAUUAUAUUUAAAAAAUAUUAUUGAUAAAUCAAAUAAUGAAAAAACAUUUAGUAUAGUAGCAGAAAUGUAUGAUAUACGUAAUUGUCAAUUAGCAAAUAGAACAUGUGCCGAUGAUUUUAUUGUUAGUCCAAAUUUAAUAUCAAAAUAUGUUUCACAAUUAUCUGAAAAUAAAAAUAUAAAAAAAGUUUAUGAUGUUGUAUUAAUAGCUGAUGAUCCUGAGAUUUAUUUAUGUUUAGCAUCGAUGUUCGUUCCACUAGAAACACCAAUUAGUUGUUAUCAAAUUUUAGAAGAAACAUUAAAAUAUCAAUGUGUAGCAAUUGGUUAUAGAUUAAUGAAAUAUUUACAUGAUGAAACAAGAGUUUUUGGAAUUGUUUUAAAUCCAGAUAAACAAGAACAAAUUAUAUUUUCAUAA